UUUUAAAAGUAUUUUAUAAAGCUUGUGCUGAGCGGACGAUCUCCGUGAGCUACAUAAGAGUGUUAGAAACAAGCAGUUUAUUAGUCUCCAAUCGCGAACAGAUUCUCAUAACAGUCUCCAAAAACAGUCUUUAUGAUUGACAACUCCAAUGCAGAAAGCGAUGGGAGAUAUUCCAGAGCAGCUGCAAGGCAUUCUCAGAUAUCUUAAUGCAGAGAAUGUAAACGCUGCUAGAACUAUUUUGGGACUACUUCCGCGUCUUUUUGAUUGCUCCUUUGAAAAUAGAAUCUUGACAUGUUUGGAGAUAGGUGCAAUUUUGACGUCACUUACAGUGCCACAAUAUGUCCUUGCUGUUACUGUAUUGCGGGCAGUUGCUGCCGCUCUUCUUGAACACAAUGCGAAGGCAUCGUGUGUUCAAGAAGAGGAUUCUAUCCAAAAUGCGCUUCGCCGUCAUGAAUGUGGCAACCAUGUUGAUCGUUUAAAAGCUCUUAUGGCAGAUGUGGAUUCUGUAAUGACAAGAUUAAAGACAGAUACGAAUGACGACAAUCGGGAUCCUCCUUCAGCCCAACAGAUAGCAACCAAUUACAACAUUCUGACGAACGGACAUCUGAUGGCAAGCGCUGCUUUUUUCGAUCGAGUGGGAACCAUAUGCUCAAAGGGGGAAGCUCCGGUGUACUUGGCUUUACUGAAAACGAUUGCAGUAGUGGCAACUCAUUACCUGCUUUUCGAAAACCUUCGGAUCACUUUGAUAGCAGCAGUACAAGGCUCUCCAGGCGUACGCGAGCAGACACUAGUCUGGAAGCGGCAUUUAGCAGAAGCGCUCAACGGCAUGGCCCUUGUUAACGAAGACAAAGUGCACUUUGCUGUCUGCUAUAUGACAUCCGCGUCAAAUACCAUGCUGGAAAGAUUUCGACAGGAGGUUGGCUGCAGUGCAUUUCUUCAGAACAACGCCCCGCUGUUUACAAGGAAGGCAGUUAUCGUAUCCAGAGCGGGCGUAGACCUUGGAGAUAUUCUGCCCGAUCCUUUUAUACGUGAGAGACGAUCCGCUUACGUUCAGAAUGCUUCCAUUCGCGCGGCUGGUGUUGUCGCAGUUAUACUUGCACACGGUGUUGCCGGUGUCACGGCUCUGCUUAAUUCAGAACCUGUAAGGACACUUUGGCGGAUAAGAUUAGCUGAAAAUGGAAGUUCCAGAUUAUAUCGUUGUUGUCCCAAUGGACUGCUGGCAUUUGGUAUCCCGCACAUUAUUGAAUUAGAGAGGCUCAAUGGGCAAUUUGUCUUUAUAAAGCUGAUUGACGGUUCUACGUUAAUUUUGGAUAAGCUUACCAACGCGUUUAUCACCAAGAAUUUUAGCGCCAAAAGACAAGGAAAUCAGAUUAUUCCGGGCGACGACGGACAUUGGCUUAUACAAGAAGUCUGGUAGCUUGUGUAUAAUUAAAAACUGAAUGUGUUCUUAUUUUCCUACUGCUACAAGCUGAAGAGUUAAAUUUGUUGGGCAGCAACGCAAAA